AUGAAGCUGUUGUUCGCAUUGUUGUGUCUUCUUGUUCCGGCCACCCACGCUUCCUACAAAUUGACCGUCUACCUUCGACGGCUCGACGUCGGCCAGGGUUUCCUUGCCAAUGGUACCCACUGUACCCCCACCUGGAAUAUCGGGGAUCAAUGUAAUAUUAUGCUCAAGCUAGCCGUUUGCCUUGGAACUCCAGAUGAUCCCUCGGACCCGUGCCCGGAAACUAAGCGGCAGCCGAUCGACCUCGGCCAAGUUACGAACAACCAAAAUGCGAUAGACUUUGCGGGCGGCGGCACGGCCUAUGGCGCCUGGAAAAACCCGGCCGACUUUGUGAAUUCCGAGGAUGGAGUUUUGUACGCGGGCUUUUCCCUGUACGUUGAGGCGCGCGACAAGCAGAAUGGGCUGAUCGACAGCUACUCGCAUCGUUUUGACGACGGACUGUCGCCGAACAAUUUCGAGUACUUCUCGCAUGAGCGCGUCAACUUGGAGGCGACUUUGUUCUCGAUCGCCUGGCGAGCCAGCGGCGAUCUUCCGACCCCGCCGCCUCCUACCACCACCGAGGGCCCGACCACGACCACACAAUCUACUACUUCCGGCCCGUCCACACCGGAACCGACGACUGAAGCCCCGAUCACGGCAACGGAAUGUGGUGAGAUCCCUCUUCCCCGCUCGGAUGGCUCGUAUUUCAUCCUGAUCGACAAUGUUCCCAACAAAGUUUACUGCUCAUUUGGAACGAACGUCGCCAUCACCCACAUUCAGGGACGAGGCGAGAUCGGUUUUACUAACGACACCUUCGCGAGAAAAUACGAAGACUACGCAAGCCCAUUCGGCACCCUCGGCAAGGGUAACAACUAUUGGCUGGGUCUGGACAAUAUCAAUGCGAUGACGAGGAGUGGAGACUGGACGCUCUUCAUCGAGGUUUGCUGCGGAAAAACGUCAGUUACCCAGCAGACCUACAAAAAUGCAAAGAUCAGCGACAAAGCGUCGAAUUACACUCUAGCCGCCAGCGCCACCAUCAACACCGGACUUAACGUUGAUGAUUCGACAAACGCUUAUGGGAAAGACUUGGGGCGCCCCUUCCGCACCUUCGAUCAAUGGGCACUGGAUAAAAGUGAAGAUGAAGAAUAUUGCUCGAUCAUUAAUGACAAGGAACACGGGAAAGUUAGCAAGGGAACGGGGGGCUGGUGGUUUGGAAAUUGUGGCGAGAACUUGAACGGUGAAUACUACACCGCGGAGGAAGUGGAUGAUAAUUGCGUAAUCAACACGGUUGAUCUGACAAAGAAAGGGACCGGCAUCGAGUUGAUCACGAAAGUGAACCCGGCGAUAGUCGACCCGCUUUAUGACAAGAAGAGCUACACUAGAGCCAGGAUGGGCCUCUACAAGGGUUCCGGGCAGCCACUUGGCCUCAAAGACUAUUGCAGC